GGGUUGGCAGCACUGCGAGGCCCCAGCAGCAGCCAUGGCGGCCGAGUAUGGGCGGAACAUUUGGGAAACGCGGGAAAAAGAAGGGAAUAAUGGCCCCGAAGACCUGCUGGUGUUUGGAUACUCGUGCAAACUGUUCCGCGACAAUGAGAAGGCGCUGUACCUGGAAAAGGGGCAGCACCUAAUACCCUGGAUGGGCGACAGCAACGUCAUGGUCGACAGGUAUGAUGUGCGGGGUGCACUGUAUGACCUGUCUGAGGCUGAGGCAGGGGGUGGAGGAGACCGCUGGGAGGGCAUGACAGAAGAGGAGCGGGCUGAAGAAGAGAGAUGUGACUAUGAACGUUAUCUCGCACUCUACCAGGAUGAGUUUCAGUACCAGGCUUUCCAGGAUGAGGAGUCCAAGCGACUGAUGGCAGAACUUGGCUCAGACACUUACACUUACAGUCAGGUUGGCUUUAACUAUGAUGGGCAGUCAAUUGUGGGGGACAUGAGUUCUUUGGGUGGUGAUCAGGCUGCCAUGUAUCUGGACAAUCAACACCUGCAGCAAGUUGAUCAGGAGCAAGAGCAGGAGCAGCAGCAGCAAGGUUACAUUCCUGAGGCAGAUGAGGACACCUUUGUCCCUCCCCCUGAGCUCAAUGUUCCACAAGGAAUGGUGGUGCCUGAAACUGUCAAGCAAAACAAAAUCAUCGUCAAGACUUCAAAGUUCAUCGUAGCACAGGGUGGCCAGAUGGAGAUCAUAAUUAAAACAAAGCAGGCAGACAAUCCCAUGUUUGGUUUUCUGUCCUUUGACAAUCCACUAAAUGCAUAUUACAAGCACAUGGUGGCUAUGAUCAAGAGUGGAAGGUACACUCCAGCUGAUGAAUUUGAAGUCAAGUCUAGGAAGGAUAAUGAUGGCAAUGGUGACCAGUACCUCCACCCUAGUCUCUCGGCUGGAAUUAAGCCUGACCUUGCACCAGGAACACCUACAUCAGCCCUCAAGCCCUCAUCUGAUUGUGCUUACUUUAAACUCAUUCAUAAGAUUAAGGAGCAGCAGAAGAACACAGCUGCUGCUGAGAGCCGUGAGUCCCCGGCACCCUCAUCCCCUGGAGUCGUUGCCACCUCCACACCCAUUGCUGAGGCCUCAGAGACACCCAAGAUAGAGAGAAAAGUGGAGAGCAAGGCAUCCACACCACCUAAAGUGAAGCAACUAGUGGAUUACCCUUCAUUCAACCGCACCAAAGAGUAUGACUCUGAAUACGACUCAGAGGAGGGAUCGGAAACCUCUCCGUCAUCCAACAAGGGCACCAGUGAGUACAGCAACAUCAAGUGGCCUCCACCAGAUGUCCAGAUGGUGAUUGACAAGAUGGCCAGCUACAUCAUUAAGAAUGGGGUCGAGUUUGAGACAAUGGUGCGAAGCAGAGAUGAUCCAAGAUUUAGCUUCCUGAAGAAGGACCAUGAGUACUACCCUUACUACCGGUGCAAGAUUCGCCUGUACAAUGAGGUGUAUGGGGAUAUUUUUAAAGAUGGAGUUGAGCAGGACAAAGGGUCUCCUCUGAGUAGUCUCAUUGAAGGAGGUUCCACCGCGAGGAAGGAGAAGCGAGGAGGCAGCAGUAGUAGUAGUAAGAGCAGUAAUAAUAACAACAACAAGCAGACCUCCACUAUAAGUUUUUCAAUCAAGUCGAGGGAGCAAGAUGUUAACAUUGACCGUCGCUCUACUUUCCCCGUUGAGUCCUCAUCCUCAGAUGAUGAGGAUUUGGAUGAGGAGGAGAGAGAAAAGAAGAGACUGGAACGUGAGGAAAGGAGAAGGAAGCGGAAGUUAAAGGAAAAGGAGGAGAGGGAGAGACGUGAGAAGGAAGAGAAGGAACGAAGGGAGAAAGAAGAAAAAGAAAAGGAGAAAGAGAAAGAAAAAGCAGUAGAGAAGAUGGAAGAGUCAACAGAUGGCUCUGGGGAUAAUGACGAUAUGUAUGACAUCUUCAAAUACGCCCAAGAAAUGGAUAAAGACGUGGACUCGGAAGAACUCAGUCGUAAGGACAAAGAGGCUAAUGAGGAGCAAGGAAAGGAGAAUGGUCGUCAGGCUGGUGAUGGAUCUGGCAGCCUUGCCUCCACAGCACACUCAGAACACAAGCAGCAGGAGCGGAGGAAAAAGGCAGCCAUGUUCCUCUCCCGACUUAAAAAGGGAAGCAAGGAGGAGGAAAAUUCUACACAGCUAGUCUAUGGUCCGCAGCUUCCACCUGAGAUAGCAGUUCAAAUCAUCAAUUCAGCAUCACAGUCCCCACGGUCAUCCAUGGCCAGCACACGACAUUCUACCCCCUCAAGGUCUCGGUCUCACUCUGCCAGUCCUGGUCCAGGAGUCCCCAUGCCACCCAAAGAGGCCCCUGCUCCUCCUCCCCCUCCACCUCCCACUCAGUCACCACCAGCACCAAGUGGACUAGAGAUGAUUGAAGCCUACAAGUCUAACAAAUCAGAGACGGUUACAAACAUCCUAUCUAAAAAUGAUUGGACCUCCAUUCCAGAGCCUCCUGCCAACACAGAAUCCAUUGAGCACACCAAGCCGCCUGCAUCUAAAGAAUCUUCAGUAGUGUCGGGAACCAGUGAGGAUGGCUGCAGGAGCCAAAGUCUGGAAAGCAGGAGAAGCAAAUCCCGGCCAGUAGAAGUUCCUCUCCGGGAAAAAACUCGAAGUCGCAAGAAGCAACGCCACGGACGCUCAGAGAGCCGGUCGCCAAGUAGCCGAAGGGAACGCAAGAAACGAAAGAGGUCUAGGUCAAGGUCCCGCAGGCACAAGAAGCGCAGGUCACGUUCGAGGUCACCCAAACCUCACAAAUCAUCUCAUAAGAAGAAGCGAAGGAAGCAUAGUUCUCGCCAUGAGCGAGAGGCAAGAGAACGCAAGAGCAAGAAAUCGCGCAGACGCAGUGUUUCAUCCUCUUCCUCGGACUCAUCCAGUCAUUCAUACUCUUCAUCCAGAUCAACAUCACCAUCUGACAAUGAUGUUCAGGUGAUAGAGUCUCCUGGGCCCAGUAAGAGAGGGUCAAGAGCUUCCAGUGUGGUCAGUGUUGGAGCAUCAGACCUCUCUCACUUAAGCUCAGCCCUUGGAAGAAUUGCUGAGGAAUGUAUUUCUCCUCCUCCUCCCCUUCCUCCUAUACCCCGAAGUCCAGCGACAGCCAGUCUUCUCUCCACAGUGGAAGAAAAGGCAGGAAAUGGUGACAGUGUUCUUGAGGCACCUGGGAGUGGAGAAGAAAGCAAAGAAGAAAAAAAGGAAGAGAAGAAGCCAUCAUUUGACCCUCAUAACAGUGCAGCAAUGGCAAAAAUAGCAAUGGGUCUGCGUGCCAAGGUUCAUGCUCUGCUAAACAAGGAGAGUAAGUUGUGAAAGCAAAGAUCCAUCACAUCUCAUUAAAUGGGAUUUCACAAUGUGAUAGAUUUUAUUUUUAUGAUAUUUCUUGGUAACCUUCAAACUUUUUAUCAUAUUACCACACUAUACAGUGCAUUAUUCAAAUUUACAAAUAUACUAUAAAUUUAUCAUCACACAAUGCAAGGCAUUGUUGCUCUUACAAAUUCAAACAAAUAAUUAGGGUAACAAAUUUAGCAGUUUCUUAUUGUAACUUGGGGUUUUGUAAGCAAUGCAUAAGUGUACUAAAUAGAUUCACCUUUCACAGCAGUAGUUAUGUUCCUUACAUAUUUUAUACACACAAUGCUCAACUGCAGAGUGAGAAGCUUUAGUGUGAGUGCUUGAUGAUGGAUCAAAAGGAAAGAGAAGUUUGCUCAGUAAGAUACUUAUUGCAGGGUCAUGGAAACUGUUCAAAUGGAUGAUUAAAACUAGUGGGGAAAUUCCUUUUGAGAAUGGUUGUGUGCUCAGAAAGAUAGACUGUACUUAAGUAAGUGCUUGUACUGUGUGGAGAAGUAAUUAUUAUUGUGUUGCCAAGUGGAAUCUGAGUGUAUGGAGUCCUAAAAAUCAUUGGACAUUCAUGGUAUUAUGAGGGCCUGUCUGUGGUAGUAUUUCUUGUAAUAUUCCAGUCUGAAUUUUCUGAUAACUUAAAGAAAUAUGUGUAUGGAAUGUGA